AUGUUCCAACAAAAGGUCAAGGAGUUGGACAAAGAGGACAGCUGGUUCAUUGAGUUUGAUGACACAAUCGAGACUGAAAGGACCGCUUCUGGCUCGAAGAAGUACAUCUGCAGACCAUUUUCCAGGUUCACAUGCUCCAUAUGUCACCACCGCUGGGCCUCCAGCAAGUCCAUGGUGGUGUUCCAUAUGCGCCUGACUCGGCCCCACAGGGGGGUGGUCAAGGUGCGACGCUACAAGCAGAACUGCGAAAGGUGUGAGGGCGCCACCUUCGAGGAGCCCAAUGUCUAG